AGCGAGUUCCUCGACGCCGUCGAGAAGGACUCCGUCGAGCGCGUGACCUUCGACGACGCGGGCCGCGCCCUCGUCGCCGUCGACGCCGACGGCGGCCGCCACCGCGUGGAGAUCCUCCCCUCCGAGGGCCCCGAAAUCCUCGCGGCGCUCCGCAAGCACAACGUGCAGUUCGCCGUCCAGCCCCCGACCCAGGACCCGCUCCAGGGCGUCGGCUCCGUCGUCGGCAACCUCCUCUCCCCGCUGCUCUUCCUCGGCGGCCUCUUCCUCCUCAACCGCCGCGGCGGCGGCAUGGGCGGCAUGGGCGGCGGCGGCCCCGGCGGCCCCAUGGGCAUGCUCCAGAACCAGAACAAGAUCGAGAUGGAGCCCAACACGGGCGUGACCUUCGAGGACGUCGCGGGCUGCGACUCGUCCAAGCUCGAGCUCGUCGAGGUCGUCGACUUCCUCAAGUACCCGGAGAAGUUCACCAAGGUCGGCGCGAAGACGCCCCGCGGCGUGCUCCUCGAGGGCCCGCCCGGCACGGGCAAGACGCUCCUCGCGCGCGCCUGCGCGGGCGAGGCCGGCGUGCCGUUCAUCUCGACGUCCGGCUCCGAGUUCGUCGAGAUGUUCGUCGGCGUCGGCGCGUCGCGCAUCCGCAACCUCUUCGGCGACGCGAAGAAGAACGCGCCCUGCAUCAUCUUCAUCGACGAGAUCGACGCCAUCGGCCGCCAGCGGUCCGGCGGCGGCGGCUUCGCGACGAACGACGAGCGCGAGCAGACGCUGAACCAGAUCCUCACGGAGAUGGACGGCUUCAGCGGCAACAGCGGCGUCAUCGUCCUCGCGGCGACGAACCGCGGCGACAUCCUCGACUCGGCGCUCCUCCGCCCCGGCCGCUUCGACCGCCGCGUGCCCGUGGACCUCCCCGACAAGGACGGCCGCGUCGAGAUCCUCCGCGUGCACUGCCGCAACAAGCCCCUCAGCGACGAGGUCGACCUCGGCGAGAUCGCCGCGCGCACCAUCGGCUUCUCCGGCGCGUCGCUCCAGAACCUCAUGAACGAGGCGGCCAUCAUGGCCGCGCGCCGGUCCAAGGACUCCAUCUCCUUCUCCGAGAUCGACUACGCGAUCGACCGCCUCACGGUGGGCCUCGCCAAGACGACGGGCAUGAACAACCCGUCGCGCCAGCGCCUCGUCGCCUACCACGAGGCGGGCCACGCCAUCAUGGCCGCGCUCACGGAGGGCUACGACACCGUCGCCAAGCUCACGAUCAUCCCCCGGUCGAACGGCGCGGGCGGCUUCACGCUCUUCACGCCGUCCGAGGAGCGCAUGGAGAGCGGCCUCUACUCCUACAAGUUCCUCAAGGGCCAGCUCGCCGUCGCCCUCGGCGGCCGCGUCGCCGAGGAGCUCGUCUACGGCGACGACGAGGUCACGACGGGCGCGUCGAACGACCUCCAGCAGGUCCGCAACAUCGCGCGCCGCAUGGUCGCGCAGUGGGGCUUCUCCAAGGACGCGCUGUCCCCCACGGCCUGGGAGCCGGCGGAGUCCGGCGGCAUGUUCUCCGCGUCGACGGCCGCGUCCGAGGAGACGGAGAGCACCAUCGACACGGAGGUGUCGAAGCUCGUCGCCGACGCCUACGAGGUCUGCAAGAAGGCGCUCGGCGAGAACCGCGCGCUCAUGGACGCGACCGUCGACGCCCUCCUCGAGAAGGAGACCAUCGACGGCGUCGAGCUCGACGUGCUCCUCGAGAAG